AUGUGUAAAAAUAUUUUAUCUAUUAGUGAUUUAAGAUUAUGUAAGCUUGUUAAAUAUUUUCAAUCAUUUAAAAAUGAUGAAAAUUAUGGUGUUUUACCAUUUGUUAUAACUGAAGUUUUAAGAGGACAACCUCAUAUACUAGCUAUUGAUAUAUAUAGUUUUUCUAUGAUUAUGUGGGAAUUUAUUUCUGGAAUUCCUCCAUAUGAUAAUGAAGCUCAUAAUAAUCAACUUGUUACAAGUAUUUGUGAAGGUAAACGUUCUGAAUUUAUUAAAGAUACUCCACAAUGUUAUAUAAAUUUAAUGAAAAAAUGUUGGGAUAUGGAUCCAUUUAAAAGACCAAUUGUAUUAGAAAUUAAAAAGAUUAUUAAAAAUUGA